AUGGCUACCAGUAAAAAACCGUUGACGAAGUCAAUGACAUCAUCUUCAACAUCAGUCCAGACUAAAUCGACAGCCGGUACUAUUCAUAGUCAAAAUUUAGAAUCAGUUGCUUGUUUAUGGCUUGAUCAAAAUAUACAUUCUACAAACGACAAUCGCACGACACAGGAAGAACUUCGACAGGUCAUCAAUUAUCUUCAAACAUUUGAUAAUGGUGAUCAAUGUGAAGAGUAUAUUCGACAAACUAUACACGAAAAAGUAGUUUUGAUUGUUUCGGGUUCGUUAGGACAGAUCAUCGUUCCCCGACUGCAUUCUCUUCCACAGCUUGCCGCAUGUUAUGUAUUCUGUAGUAACAAAGAAGCUAACGAACGAUGGGCUAACAAAUACUCGAAGGUAAAAGGAGUAUUUGUUAUACGUUCUGAACUGGUCAAUAAGAUUGCUCAAGAUCAAGCAGCUAGAAAUAAAGUGGAAGAUAGCGCAUCGAUUUCUGUGAUUAGUAACGGUCCAAAAUCACUCGAAGCACAUAAUGCCAUAUUCAUGUGGUUUCAACUUUUCAUUGAAGUUCUUCUUCGCAUGCAUCAUAAAUCAACCGAUCGAAAAGAAUUAAUCGAUAUUUGUAAGAAAAAUUACAAUGGUAAUCGAAAAGAAAUGACUAUCAUUGAAGAAUUUCAGAUGGACUAUAAAAGUGAUAACGCAGUAUGGUGGUAUACGAGAAAUGCAUGUUUUUAUCGCAUGAUGAACAAAGCUUUACGAGUGCAAGAUUAUGACAUUUUGUUUCCGCUUCGGUUUCUUAUCACGGAUAUCGCCAAACAGUUAAAAGAUGGACAUGAAAAAUUCAUUCGUACAAGUGACACUCGAACUGUCAUCCGUGUGUAUCGUGGACAAGCAAUCGGUCACGAUGAACUGAAUCUGAUGAGAAAUAGUCUCGGCGAAUAUUUAUCGAUGAAUUCUUUCCUUUCAACAAGUCGUAAUCGUGCGACUGCUGUAGAUUUUAUUCGCAUGAUUCCAAUCAGUGAUGAGUAUCAGAGAAUUUUGUUUGAAAUUGAAAUCGAUCCACGUUUGAAAACGAAAGCAUUUGCUGAUAUCAAAGAAAUGAGUUAUUAUCAAAAGGAAGAUGAAGUGCUGAUUAUGCUGGGCGCUUUGUUCUGCAUCCAAAAGGUGAUUGAAGAUGAAAAGAAUCGAAUGUGGAUAGCGAACAUCUCAUUAGCAAGUGAAGAUGAUUAUCACUUAAAAGAGACAUUCUCUUUUAUGAAAGAUAAAAUUGGAGAUGAAACAAACUUGGAUUCAUUAGGAAAAAUUUUACUUGAAAUGGGUGAAGAUCGACAAGCGGAAAAGUGCUACCGACGAAUGCAAGAGGAAUUUAGAUUAGGAAUGAGCGAUGCUCAAUCUGGAAUUGGAUGGGCGUUGUAUUGGUGUGACGAGUACGAUGAAAGUCUCGAGCAUCUACAAGAAGCCCUAAGUAUACGAAGACAUCUGCUGGGAGAAAAUCAUGUGAAAGUAGCGGAAUGUUUCUGCCGUAUUGGAUGUGUGUAUUGGAGAGAAAACAUGUAUGACAAAGCUUUAUUCAAUAUGAAAAAAUCUACUGAAAUACACGAAAAAACACUUGAAAUUGACAGUGCUGCUCUCGCUACGAGCUAUAAUGGCAUGGGUCUGAUAUACCAUCGUUUGGAUCAAACCGAUUUAGCGUUGGAAUAUUAUAACAAAACUCUUGAAGUGCAACUGGCUAAUUUACCCCCUAACCAUCCCAACAUUGCACUAACAUAUAACAACCUAGGCGCCCUUCACAAGGACAUCGGAAACAUCUCUGAAGCUUUGAAGUAUUAUAAAAAAUCGCUGGAAAUUAGUCGAAAGAUUUUACCACCCACACAUACAGACAUUAUUCGAACAGAGAAUAAUAUAAAAAAAGUGAAAGAACAAAUGAAAACAUAG